GCAGCGUUUCUCUCUAUGUCCGGGUAUGGAAAGGUUUAACCCAACCGGCAAAUUUUGAGCAGCCGGUAUAAGCACGAAAGCUCUGCCCCAACCACGACGAGCUUUCUUGAACCUGUCUGGAAAAUCAAAGCAAGGGAAAGCCGUAAGAGGUAAAUAAAAGAGGAGGAAGAAGGGGUAGCAAGCAUAGUCGAGGAAGAGCAGGAGGCAGGCAGAGAGGGCUGCAACCCUAUUGGAAGCGGUAAAGGCGCGCUCUUAGACUCUCAGUCUCAGGGUGCUCGUUAAUUUGGUGGGAUCGCUCUUCGCUCCAGAAAGAUGCUUCCUCUUUCGCUACUGAAGACUGCACAGGGCCAUCCCAUGUUGGUCGAGCUUAAAAAUGGCGAAACUUACAAUGGACAUUUGGUCAACUGUGAUACAUGGAUGAACAUCCAUCUUCGUGAAGUUAUCUGCACCUCUAAGGAUGGUGACAGGUUUUGGCGUAUGCCUGAAUGCUACAUACGUGGAAAUACCAUCAAGUAUCUCCGGGUUCCUGAUGAGGUCAUUGAUAAAGUUCAGGAAGAAACAAAAAGCCGCUCAGACCGAAAGCCUCCUGGAGUUGGACGCGGUAGAGGGAGGGGUCGAGAAGAUGGUCCUGGUGGAAGGGCUCCAAAGGGUGUUGGCCGUGGGCUUGACGAUGGAGGUCCCAAGGGUCCAGGUGGAGGGCGUGGAAGAGGCCCCGGUGGGAAGCCUGGCGGAAGCAGAGAACCCUUGCUGUUCUUGCAGGUCCAGUUAGAGGACGUGGCUGAUCCGUUGAAUGAUGAAACGAUGGCUGGAGGGGUUAAGCUUGCUACUUUUUCCAAGCAUAUAUGGCCGCAGUCACUAUCCGUUUGAGAGUUUGUUUUGGUAAAUGAUGCAAUGUUGUGAUUUUCUGGUGCUUCUUUCUCUCUUGUUCUUGUAACAAAGUGAUCGAACGAACUUCCUUGGGUCCCAAGAUACUAGCUGGGGGUGUUCUCUUCGUCUGAAUCAUUUGACUUACUGGAUCCAUGACUUUUACUGGGCUCUUCCAGACAACUCUAUCAUCAACCAUCAAGCCCAUAGAUAAAGAGUGCAGCAUUUGUCUCUGGGGUGUAUUUAAAUGGUUGUAUGAUAAUUAUCAAAUCAAUUAAACCUAA